AUGGGAAGUUUCAACAACAGUUGGGGUGAAGGCUUCCUUCUCGUGGGCUUCUCAGAUUGGCCUCAACUAGAACUUAUCCUUUUCAUCUUCAUUUCUAUUUUCUACUCCCUGACUCUCUUUGGCAACACCACCAUCAUCGCUCUCUCCCGAAUGGACCUUCGACUGCGCACGCCCAUGUACUUCUUCCUCUCCCACCUCUCCUUCCUGGACCUCUGCUACACCACCAGCACUGUGCCCCAGCUCCUCAUCAACCUCCAUGGACUCGACAGGACCAUCAGCUAUGGAGGCUGUGUGACCCAGCUCUUCAUUUUCCUUUCUCUGGCAUCCACAGAGUGCGUGCUCCUGAUGGUGAUGGCCUUCGACCGCUAUGCUGCCGUGUGUCGUCCCCUCCACUACACGACCAUCAUGCACCCCGUUCUCUGCCAGACACUGGCUCUUUCUUCCUGGUUGGCAGGUCUUGUGAAUUCUAUGAUUCAGACAGGCCUCAUGAUGACCAUGCCACUCUGUGGCCGUCAGCUGAAUCACUUCUUCUGUGAGAUGCCCAUAUUCCUGAAGCUGGCUUGUGAGGACACAGGAGGAACAGAGGCCAAGAUGUUUGUGGCCCGAGCUGUAAUACUGGUCUUCCCCACAGCAGUAAUUCUAGGCUCCUAUGUCCAUAUUGGCAGGGCUGUGCUGAAGGUCAAGUCAAAGGCUGGACGCAGAAAAGCUUUCGGGACUUGUGGGUCCCACGUUGUGGUGGUUUCCCUUUUUUAUGGCUCUGCCAUCUACACCUACCUCCAACCCAUUCACAAGUAUUCUGAGAGUGAGGGGAAAUUUGUUGCCCUUUUUUAUACUAUAAUUACUCCCAUGCUCAAUCCUCUGAUUUAUACCCUAAGGAAUAAGGAUGUGAAGGGGGCUCUGUGGAAAGUUCUAGGGAGAGACAGAAACUCAGGGUAG